UUUGAUAAAAAAUGUCAAAAAUGGAUAAAUACUCAAGGACGGAAAGAGUAGAAAAACAGAAAUAAUACUCUCCUCCUGGCCCUGUGAUUUGAAGAACAGCGAAGCAGAGAAUGUGAUAGGCCGCGCUAUAUCAUCCUCCAGAUAUUUGUGCAAAUACACUAAUUUGGAGUACAAGUGAUCAAAAAAUCUUGGGAGAAAAUAUGGAUGCCGAUGACACAAUACACAACGGGGGAUGCCAUUGCAAAAGGGUGAGAUGGCGGGCACGAGCACCGCCGAGUGUUGUUGCUUGGGCAUGUAACUGUUCCGACUGCUCCAUGAGAGGGAACACGCACUUCAUCGUUCCUUGCGAAAAGUUUGAGCUUAUUGGAGAUUCCAAACAGUUCCUAACAACCUACACUUUCGGUACCCAUACUGCAAAACAUGUUUUCUGCAAAUUUUGUGGGAUUACGUCGUUCUAUGUUCCAAGGACAAAUCCCGAUGGAAUAGCCGUUACGCUCAGGUGCGUGGAUCCGGGCACUCUAUCCCAUGUUGAGAUCAAACAUUUUAAUGGACAGGAUUGGGACAAGUCAUAUGAAGAAACCGGCAUCGCGUCGUGCUCGAAAGUGACAAAAGGGGGUUCAUAAUUGAUCAACAAUUCAGUGUUUUCUUUAUUGCACACACACGAAAGAUGUGUUGUGGUGCAUUACUAUAUGGUCUUUUGACACAUUGGUCCUUGGUUUGAGCAACAACAUUGAUAGUUGAAGAAGACAUGGUGAUAAAACAGGCCCUCAUUAAUCAUUAUUAUUGUGUAAAAGCAAGCAGAACACCAUGGCAUUUUAUGUGGUGGCAACUUAUGUGACUUUCAUU